AUGGAGCCUUUGGAUCAAGCAGUGGUCGUGGAGAAGAAAGUUGGAAGAGGUCUCCAGAAAGCCAAGAUCACAGCACUAUUCGCCAGCAGUGUAUGCAGAUUUCAUUUUUUUCCUCAAGGCUGUGUUUCUUUGCUGAUCUUGAAAGCUUUAAAUCCACUCUUCAGGAUAUUGCAUAAUCUCACAUUUUUCUUGCAGGGUUAUUCACUGAACUCCAAAUGGCAGCAAACUAAAACCAAAUGGCAAAUCUGAGGCUAAAAUCACCACGCUGGAGAAAUAUUCCAGGUCAUCUAUUUUAGCCGAACUUUUGCCAUUCAUAUUUCUGUUUAUUGCAGUUCACAAUUAAGUGAAUAAACAGCUUUAACAGGAUUAUUUACUAAAGUGAAUUUCAAAUUUAAGGCCAGUGUAGCUGUAUGGAAAGCAUAGCUGAUUUAGAUCAUCUUUAUACUUUGGCUAUUUUGACCUUAUAUUUAAAAUUCACCUUGAAUUCUAACUUUACGGAAUAACCCUGCAAGUUUCCAGUUGUGUUUUCCAAAAUCCAUACAGCUCCAUGUUUUGUUUUGUCAAAGCAAUCCUUACCUGUUAUCAGCAUUCUUGCUGCUAUGACUAGCAUGAUAUUAAUUCCUGGUAUUUCCUUUACAAGUACAUUUUCAUUUAAAUACAGAUGAAGUUAGAUGUGAUUUAAUUUUUUCCAGUCUUUCUGUACCAUGUCUGGUUAAUAAGGCAAUGAUUCAUGAUGCCAAUGAAGGUUACUUAUCAGACUGAGAAUAUGUGAACGUUUUUGGUUGAAUCUGUUAAACUCUUCAAAUAAGCCAUUUUCUCCUUAUAAUCCAAUUCAGACUUUAAAUUCAGCUUGAACUUAAAUUCCAAGUUAAAGUUCUAUCUUCUAAUGAAACGUAUGCUUAUAAUUCUAUCAGUCUUCUAAAUCCUGUCAUUAUAUGUAAUAAUUCAUAUUGCUAAGAGAGUGGACUAAUCCUAAACUACUAUUAAUCUGGUAAUAAUAUCUAAUAUACAGAACUGACGGGGCAAUAGGCGCUCCUGAAAAAUGUAAAUCGAGGUCAAUUUGUACCAGGGUAAAUUAAAUAUGAUCAGUGAACUAUUGUUAUUUGAUCAUACAAUUUCUUUGUUUUAGCUGUGAUUGGAAAUGCUUUCAAAAUAGGAAGUAAAUUGUCAAUUUUAGUCAUUUUCCAUAGAGAUUUAUAUACAGAGCUGUGAAUUGCUGUAGAUUGCAAACUACUUUUCUAAAUGUAAGCUUGAAUGAUGCUUUCAAUGCAGUAUAAAUAUAAAGAAAGUAUUAGAGGAUGGAAACCACUAUUAUUAAAUUUAUAAAGAGCCAACUUAUUCAGCGCGUUACAAUAUAAAAAAGGGGGAUUUCAACAUCAUUAUGAAGGAAUUGGCUCUGCUAAAGAUAAAGAUAUGCAUUACAGUGUAUCGAGGUUGAACUAUACACCCACUACAGUGGCUUUGUUCCAGGUUCCUUAUUCUUAAUAUUGUGGGAGUGUAAUAGACACCUUCAGAUACUAGAUCAUUUGCUGCUAUUGCACUGCUAUCUUUUGUUCUUUUUUUAUGAUUGGAGGUGUUUCCUGUUUGUUUUGUUGUUUACUUAGGAUAUUAGGGACAUUGGGAAAGGUUCCAGGAGAGACUGUCUUUUUAAUUUGAAGUAUUGUUUUUGUCAUUACCCCCAUAUUUACUUUUGGGUGAGGUAGUGGUUGCUAUAUAUUGCCAAGUAAAUGUCACACUUCAUGAUUGGGCUCCAUAGACCAAUGAGGGCAUAAGAUUUACAGUAUAAGUAAGCUGAUGGGUAGCUUUUCCUAGUCCAAACCAUAACAAUUUUGUUUGUGUUUUGUGGGCAGCAGCAUGCGUUAUAACAAAUGCCUUUUUAAUAAUAACAAUGGUCCAUUGCUCACUACUAUUGGCAUAAAUGUGAAUUCAUAGCAAUCCAUGCCAGGGUCCACAUAUGGAAAAUGCACUUUAUGUGUUCUGCACAGUCAAGCGAAUUUAAUGACACCCUUGACCUCUGUUUGCUGGUGACUUGUCUCUGGUGUUUCUAUAAGUGGGACACUAGAGGACAGAAGGGCCAAGAAAGUGUAUUGUGCAUGUAUUCUGAAGCUGCUUGUGGCAUUACGUAUGUUGAGGGGGCUGUUUGUGGUGAGAUGUGCUGAGUAAAUAAGUUGGUUUCAGUUGUAUUGUGUUAAUGGUGUUGCAUGUGUGGCUAGGGGCUAGAGGGAGAAGUGUGUAUGCUUGUGUAUAGGUGUUGUAGUAUGGUUAGGACCUUAGUGUUUGUGUGUGUGUAUUUUCCCAUUUUGCCUGAUGGCCAGCCUGGGCCUGAUUGUUAUUAACACAGUGCCUUUUGCAUUCUAAACAUACUUUUAUAUCUGGUGUACCCUGACUUUUAUGUCCACAUAGAAGACACGCAUCUCUGGACAUAACCCCCUCUGGUUUUAAGAAAAACAGAAACCAAUCUCUGUAAAUAAUGCGGUGGUCACAUUCAGGCCUGUUGACUAGCUUUGUACAUAUCUGUGUCCUUUCUAUACUGGUGUCCUUUUCCAUUUGCAGUCUGCCUUUGUUACACAAAGUUCAUAUGUCCUGGUUAUACUGUACUUCAUUCUUUGUCUGUGUUUGGCCCAGCAUAGUUGGUAUCUGUAUCUAUAUCCCUUUCUUUCUACUCCUGUCAUUACAUUCUCUUGUCUUUCUAUCACUCACUGUUCUUUUUCUUCUAGAGAGGUGGACGGGGGGAGCCGUCAGGGAAGCUAACGGAUGUUUUACAACUCCCGGAUAAAUCCAAAAUCACUCAGUGUCUUCAGAAAGCCAGAAUCACUGGAAUUUUCCUACAAGCUGUGAGUUUUCUUCUACUUGAAAGUUUCAUUAUUUAAAUCCAUGCUACCCAUGGACUACACUGAGUUGAAUAUUUCUAAAUCUAAAUAUGCAAGUCUUCUUGAUGACUAUGGUGUCCUUCAGCACUCCAAUGAGGAUUGUCAUGUUCGUGAGUUAUAAAAGCUCUGCGAUAGACUUGUCUAACCCAUAGAUAGAAAGAUAGAUGCCAAAGACAUAUCAAAACCCCUUACAUAGAUAUGUCUCAUAGAUACAGAUAGAUGGAUCUCAGAUAGAUAGAUAGACCCACAGUCUGCAACUCUUUUUUGAGCGCCCAACAAUUUUCUGUGUACUGAAUAAGACCCUUUCAUUCAGCCUGCUAGUUUAUAAGUUCAAAGGUAUUUCCUUAGAAUUCACUAAUUACAUUUCUUCAUAACUAUAUAAAUUUAGGGAGAGCGUUCCGAUAUAAACUCAAGACGGGUGGAAGACAGCCAGAUUGACUCAGGCUCUCAGUAUGAUUUGGAUUCUUUAGUGCCUACACAUGAUGACCAAGGACGUCCGAUCCCAGAGUGGAAGAGGCAAGUCAUGGUGCGGAGGUUGCAGUCACAUCUGGAAGAACAAGCCAAACAGGUAUUUUAAAAAUAGCGUUGGUUGGGAGGCUGUAACAUUCAAACCUUGUUUUUGAUUUUUCAUAGAUAGAUGUGAAAAUAAUCCACAGAAACCGAAAACAUUUAUUGGUCUCUUAUAAAGCUUUAGAGGAGGGAAUACAGUCCAAAACAUAUGCCUCUAUGGAUAGAUGGACUGCAGAGUGUAAGACAAACCCUAUCUAACAGGGACUGGGUACAAUCUUUGUAUGCUCUCAAGUAGAAACCGCAAUGCUAUCACUAUUUAGAAGCACAUUGCAAAUUGGUGUACCAAUGGUACCGAAUACCUAGACGGUUAUACAAAAUAUACCCAUCAGCCUUUUCCAGUUGUUGGAGAUGCCGCACACAAGUGGGAACAAUGUCACACAUUUGGUGGAAAUGCCCAAGAAUUAUCCCCUUUUGAGAAGGUAAAUGACCUGCUUUAGGCUCUAUCUGUCCACCGAUAGUCCUUCUAAUUAUCUCCUGCUCCUGCUGCCAAAAACAUAUGAAGUCCCUCGACUUUGAUGCACAGCACAUUUUUGUUAGACAAAUCACGGCACACAAAUAUAUUACAAAUACAGCUAAUUGACAAUACCUUGGCCAACUAGGUUUCAUGAUAUUUUUAUAGUAUCUCAAAUUUGUCAAACUAUACACAUUAAACCCACUCAGUGAUGUAAAAAGAAUGCCUUCUCCAGGAAUUCGCAUAGAAGAGCAUAAUGAUAACUAAGUAUUAGACAUUAAAGUGGCAACAAUAACCAACUGAUUAUUCCAAUUUUCAAGGAACUGUUCAGAAAUUAUAUAUAAUGUUUAUGAUAUGCUGAUUGUACUCUAAAUAAUCUGCUUUAUGUUCUAGGAUGAAUGGAAAUAUUCUCAUGCUCGUAGUGCCAUACUGGGCCCAUAUGGUGAGCUUGUGACCGAGGAGGAGCUACGCAUGUUUGAUGGACAGAUGGAAGGAUUGCGCCGUCGCAGAGAAUGUCAGCAAUAUGAACAAGAGCUUAGUCGCCAGGUGGAGCAACUGCGAUCCCUACUUCCAACACCUCUGAUCAAUGUGAGCCUCAACACCCAGCUUCUACAGCAGAGAGAGGAUCAAGAUUGGUGUACUUGUAUGUCAAAUGUGGUCAACAGUAUGAACCAGCUUCUUUCUUCUAAUAGUUCAACUUCAGGUUUGUCACAGGACACAGUGAAAGCACGUCGGAAUCGGUCACCUUCACCUUCUCCAAUGAGAGAGUUGCUGCAAUGUGGUGUCUCAGUGCGAAGAUUAAAAGUUCAGUUUGAAAAACAACAGCAACCACGUAACCAGUUACAUGGAAAACCUUGCAAAGUAAAAACAGACAUAGAGGAUACAAGUGAUUCAGGAGUAAGUUCAGAAGAACCUCCAUCUCUCAGGGACUCUCCUGUACCACCUCGGACAUUAAGAAAAGAACGCAUUGUUCUUUUGUUUCUAAGCCACUGGAAGAGAUCUGUAUAUUCUCUGCAUAGAAUAAGAGAUUCAUGUAACAAUAGGACAUGCAAGGAUUCACUAAGUUCGAAUGAUGACCAUAAUAAGAAAAAAAGUGUUGAAGACAACAAAAAUAGAGAGAGAAACAAUCUUGGAGCUGAAACAAUGAAUGGAAAUUCUCAUGAGAGAAAACAAACAGUGGAAACCUUUCAAGAGGUUUCAAAUGUUAAUGGGAAUACUGUUUUAUUCAAUAAUACAGAAAACACGAAUGAGAUUGCAAGAAAUGGGCAAGAUUCAUUGGAGGGUGAGGUCUCCCCUCGUAUUGGUGGAAUUUUAAAUCAGUUGAUGAGACAAAGAACUACUGUCCAGCGCUUGAUUGGAAGUUGGAGAUCGGUAUCACAAAAUGCCCCACAAUCUUCUGGAAACCAAUCUAUUAUUCAAUCUCCAGAACAUUUUCUGUCAACAACUCCUAGAAAUACAUCUUUGAAUCAUGACAGUCUUACACUCGAUCUUUUCAUGUUAGGAUACUUCAGACUCCUCGAACAAGACCUUCCAGAGGAGGAAAGACGUAUGAGGCAUCUACUCUGUUUUGAGGUUUUUGACCAGCUUGGACGCCAUGGUUGGCCAACGGCUAGAGACUUCCACUGCACCGUCUUACAGGAGAUAGCUACUGGGCGUAGGACAUGGUCUGAUGGAUUUGAUGACAUCAAAUCCCGCUUUUUUGGACCUGGUACAGAAAAGAAUGAAGAUAGAAUCAAUAACCAACAAGUAUCAGAUUCCCAUGAUGUAUGUCAGUGUAUCGAGAGGAGCUUUACAUUUUGGAAAGAAAAAGAGGCUGAAAUAUUUGAAACAGAGCCAUAA